AUGUCGUCGCCACUCUUCCCUGAUGGCGGAUGGGACGUCCACCACCACAUCUUCGAACCCUCAAGAUUCCCCUAUGACACAAACCGCCACCUAACCCCACCCCCCGCAACAAUAAAACAAUACACCGACUUCAAAUCAAAAAUCGGCCUCACAAACUCAGUUCUAACCCACGGCCUCUCCUACGGCGCGGACAGCACAUGCCUACACACAUUCACGCAAGACCUCGGCCCCACAACAACGCGAAGCAUCGCCGUAAUUGACCCUGAAACAACCACCCCGGCCGAACUCGCCAAUCUCCACAGAAAUGGCGUCCGCGGCAUCAGAGUCAACAUGUACCGCUACAACGCAAUGCACGAUGUCGAGUUGCAGAAGCUCGCACUCACCGCUCAUGCCCGGGCUCUGGACGGCCACUGUACCGGCUGGAGCAUGGCGUUUACCCACACGCACCCGGAAUUCUGGGCUGAAUUGAAACCUGUUAUUGAGGAUGAGGUUGUGGCGAGGGGGAUUAGGCUGGUGACGGAUCAUUUCGCGUUGCUCAAGGGUCGAAGCAUGUUAUCUGAAUCGACUGGGACCGGGAUUCAGGGAGAUGUUGACGCCGAUGUUACCAAGCAACCCGGGUUUGAGGAUAUUCUUGACCUAGUUCACAAAGGGCAUCUUUUUGUUAAAAUAAGUGCGCCAUACCGGGUUAGUACCCAGGCGCCGCAUUUCGAAGAUCUCAAGCCGCUUGUCAGGGCUUUGUUUGAUGCUAAUCCCCAGCAGAUUUUGUGGGGAAGUGAUUGGCCACAUACGCCCUUAAUGAAGGUUCGUACGAGGGAGGAGGCUUUGAAGGAGGCUCCAUAUCUGGAAGUUGAUGAUAUGGCUUGGUUGAGAAGUUUACGUUCGUGGUUGUCUGAUCAGGAGUGGAAGACUCUGAUGGUGGAAAAUCCACAGAGAUUGUAUGACUGGUAG